ACCACUCCCAUAAAUCCCUUCCACCUGCAGCCAGAAAAAAAGUAACCCAACAGAUUUCCCAUCUCUGGGCACGGCAGUGAAAGGGAUUAUAGAGAAGAUACAGGGGAGAGGAGUUAAGAUUCCGAAGGCCUGGAGUUAUUCAUACUCUGUGGAAACUCAAGUUCAAGUCCCCUGCUUCUUGCCUCACUGCGCUGAUAACUCAGCAUAAAGAACUGUCGGCAUCGUUGGGACAAAGUCAAGCUCCCUUAGGACCGGCUCCAUCGGCAUCAUGGUGGACACAGAAAGCCUGAUCUGCCCUCUCUCUCCGCUGGAGACAGAGGACCUAGAAAGCCCAUUGUCUGAGGAGUUCCUACAAGAGAUGGGAAGCAUUCAAGAGAUUUCGCAGUCUAUUGGUGAAGAAAGUUCUGGAAGCUUCAGUUUCACAGAUUAUCAGUACUUAGGAAGCGGUCCAAGCUCAGAUGGCUCUGUCAUCACAGACACCCUCUCUCCAGCUUCCAGUCCCUCGUCAGUCUCCUGCCCUGCCGUGCCUGGCAGCACGGAUGAGCCCCCGAGUGGAGCACUGAACAUCGAGUGUCGGAUCUGUGGAGACAAGGCCUCGGGCUACCACUACGGAGUCCACGCGUGUGAAGGCUGCAAGGGCUUCUUUCGGCGAACCAUCCGGCUGAAGCUGGUGUAUGACAGGUGUGACCGCAGCUGCAAGAUUCAGAAGAAGAACCGAAAUAAGUGCCAGUACUGCCGCUUCCACAAGUGCCUGUCUGUCGGGAUGUCGCACAACGCAAUUCGUUUUGGGCGAAUGCCGAGAUCUGAGAAAGCAAAGCUGAAGGCAGAAAUCCUUACCUGCGAGCAUGACGCAGAAGGGUCGGAGGCCGCGGAUCUCAAGUCACUCGCCAAGAAGAUCUAUGAGGCCUACUUGAAGAACUUCAACAUGAACAAGGUCAAAGCCCGUGUCAUCCUGGCGGGGAAGACCAACAACAACCCGCCAUUUGUCAUCCACGACAUGGAGACCUUGUGCAUGGCCGAGAAGACACUCGUGGCCAAGAUGUUGGCCAACGGCAUUCAAAACAAGGAGGUCGGCGUCCGCAUCUUCCACUGCUGCCAGUGCAUGUCAGUGGAGACAGUCACGGAGCUCACAGAAUUCGCCAAGGCCAUCCCAGGCUUUGCAAACUUGGACCUGAAUGACCAAGUCACGUUGCUCAAAUACGGCGUGUACGAGGCCAUCUUUACCAUGCUCUCUUCUCUGAUGAACAAGGACGGGAUGCUGGUGGCAUACGGCAGCGGCUUUAUAACUCGGGAAUUCCUGAAAACCCUCAGGAAACCUUUCUGCGACAUCCUGGAGCCCAAGUUUGACUUUGCCAUGAAGUUCAACGCACUGGAAUUGGACGACAGUGAUAUCUCCCUGUUUGUGGCUGCUAUAAUCUGCUGUGGAGAUCGUCCUGGCCUUCUCAACAUUGGCUACAUUGAGAAGCUGCAGGAGGGAAUUGUGCACGUGCUCAAGCUUCAUUUGCAGAGCAACCAUCCGGAUGAUACCUUUCUCUUCCCAAAACUGCUUCAAAAAAUGGUGGACCUCCGGCAGCUGGUCACAGAGCAUGCGCAGCUAGUGCAGGUCAUCAAAAAGACUGAGUCUGAGGCCCCGCUGCACCCGCUGCUCCAGGAGAUCUACAAGGACAUGUACUGAGUUCUUCUAGAAGCACGGCCGCUGCCACCUCCCUAGGACUACAAAGUGAAAUGGGAGCAGCACGGAGUUGCUCCACGUGACCACGUUAGCCUGGAGAGCCGGAGGGCCGAGCAGGUACCGGAGGCCUCGCUGGCCGGCAUAGUUCUGAGGGUGUAGGUGCUGUCUGGUGCCAGUGCUGGGAAAGUUAGGAACAGCGCCAAUCCACGGCCUGAUUUCAACUGGCCCGAUGUUAAUCAACGCACAUUUCUUUAUAUCACAUUUGCCACUUAAUUAACAGGUAACCUCAAAGCAAGCACAUGGUCUCGCAAGCACGUGGUCUCCCCCUUCUCAUCCUCUGGCUGUUGUGCUCCUUAAUAAUUUGGAAAACUAAUCAGCACUUUUUAACCUCCUUUAUGAUCCUUUAAACAUAGAUGUAUCCAAAGGUUAGCUAUAUUUAUAACAGAAAAAAAAAGAUAUUUAUUUGGAAGGCUUUAGUAGUUUCCUGAAUCUAUAGGAAGACAAUGUGCUUCUUUAUUUUAAUCAUAGGACUGAGGAUUUUCAUUAACAGUUGGCUGAACUGUCAGAGUGUAGCCCCACUGCUCUGGUGUCUCAGUUCACUGCUGUGGUGGCUGUAAGUAAAUACAUGGAAAAGGCCAUUUCCUGGUUUGUGAGAUCCCAGCAAACUCGAUCUCAAAUUCCCUCUGUAUGGUGAAGGCAGUAUUUGGUGAGCACUGAGAAAAGGAGCCUUCUCCUCCAUGCCCUCUUCAAUCCUCCCCGCUCCCUGCGGGCCCUGAGCAGAGCCCCUGGGACCGCUGGUGGCGUGACAAACUAACACAUGCUCUGUAAAUGUCACCCAGGCUCUUUUGGGCAGUUCCUUUGUCAUUUGGGGGGUGGGGGCAGGAAGUACUGGGGUUCAAGCAGAGCCUGAUUGCUGUCACUCAGCUGUUUCACUCAAGACUGGUGUUCAACCGCUUGAGCCACAGCUCCACUUAUGGCUUUUUGCUGGUUAA